CUUUAUGGGGUAAUCUUUUAUUAUCAUAAAUAAAUCUCCGAAUAAAUUAGUAAAGGAAAGGCAUGUCCUGGAAAUUGUAGGGAAGAUGACCCUGAACAUACUCCACGCAAAAAAUACUCUGCAGACGAAUUAGUGGUUGGCUUUCAAUUUCAAUGAAUUUUCUUCAACCUUUUCCUCAUAAGACUUGACGCCAUUUCCCCACUUCAAUCCAUCCAUAUUUAUUAAGACUUCCAGUUUCCCAUACUCCAUUCCUCAGUAACGCUAAUUUUCUCCUAAACCAUUUUACACAUACUUUUCAAUCCGCCCGUUCCCAGACCCCUAACAUUUUUCUGGAAUUCUGCUAUCUUACUUGUUAAUAUGGAGAUGAUGAUGGAUAGUAUUUUUCACACCCCUAUCUCACUUGUUGAAAUUGUUUUAGUUUUGAUUAUUGUCAGAAUUAUACUUGAGGACAGCUUCUUUCGUCUUAAUUUUAUGAUCGCACUCUUCCUGCAUAUAAUUUCCCAUCUCUGGAAUCUCUGGAAACUCUUAUGUCAAAAAACUGCAGAUAACAACUCACCGGAACAAAUUCAACAAGUGACAGAGAAACCGGAAGAGAUGAUCAAGUCUUCUGUAUCCGCAAAUUUAGAUGAUGAAGAUAAACAAUCCAUUGAAGAAGUGAACAUAACAAUUGAGAAAUUGAUCCUACUUGGAGAGACGUUAAAUCCAAGCGAGAUUGCUUCUCUGUUUGCAGAGGAGGAGGUGAGCCUGGAAGAAGUUAAAGACGCCUUUCGCCUGUUCGAUGAAAACAAUGACGGUUUCAUUGACGCAGAGAUGGACGCAUAAAUUUGAACGAGUUUGUGAAACUUCUGGAGAGUAGUUUCUCCUGAAUAAUUCUGAGAACUUCCCCGGACUUGGAAGAUGAUUGAUGAAGUAGGCGUAGUUUUGGUAGUUACAAGCUGCAUUAAUCUUACAAAAUCAGAUGCAAAUAAACGACUUACUCGGAGGGAUCCUGUACUUGUCGUAUAAAUUCAUCAUUUUGAAGA